GUGACACUGGCCGAGACCCACUUCCAUCCAUCCAUCCAUCCAUCCAUCCAUCUAUCCAUCUAUUCUCCAAUCCUGGUUGUCUUCUGCAGGGGAUCGACGGAUUAAAGCACGACACAUUCCCUUUCGAUUGUCAUUAGACGUGACUGAUUGUGAUCUCCUCAGCGGAUCAUUUGAUCAUGGACAACAUCUCUGCUCCGAAUCUCAACUCAAGCAUUUCUGGCCAUCCACCGUGGUACCAGUUUGAUGCGUGUGCUGUCGCUCCUUAUGGAUUCGUCUUCUACUUCGGUGUCAAAGUGCUUAACCUCGCUGUGGGCUUCCCAACCAAUGCCCUCGUGAUUUGGCAGAUUAUGAAGAAGAAGAGUGAAGGCUCGACAUCUGACAUCUUUAUUUUCAACCUCUCUAUCCUAGAUGCAUAUUUCUGCCUCAUGACGCCUGUGGACAUGGUUAACCGCCUUUACCUGAACAAUGAAAAUGUCUGGCACUUUCAACGCUUUGCUUAUGGACUGAAAGACAUGGCUCCAUUAUUCCUCACCUGUAUUUGUCUUGACAGGUACGUCGCUGUUGUCCAUCCUAUCGUAUUCACCGGGAUCAGAGACAAUCGUAUCCGGAUUGGCGUCUCUGUGUUUGUGUGGGCACUCAUCCUGCCGGUCGCUCUGACCAAGAGCAUCUUGGGAGUCCUCAGUACUAAUGAAGUGUUCAGUGGACUCAUCCUGUCGGCCUUCUUUCUCAUGGUGUUCUGUAACUUGUCCAUUAUCUGGGUCCUCAGGAAGAGCGUCGCUGGGAAAGAAACCAUGAAUCCAGUCAAGAAGAAGGCCUUCAAAAUGGUGAUUAUAGUUCUCGCCAUCAUCGUGGUUAACUAUCUGCCUCCUGUGGCUCUAAUGCCAUUUGCUUCCACCUACACAUUUGUGGAUCUCCGCUGUAAGAUCAGCAUCUCAGUGUUUGCCAUCAUGGACCUGAGCUGUACGCUGGAACCUCUUCUCUACGUCUCUAAGAGGGGGCGAUCCACGCUGUGCUGCUGCCCUCAGAGUCCCCCUGCUAAACCCAUCCAUGUCAGCGUCUGAAACACUGCAAAGAACCGCUUGAGACUCUUCAGCUGUCUGCUUAUCUUCUCUUUUAGUGAAUCUUAACAAAAUCUUAUUAAACAGCGCUCUGGAAUACUUGAACAUUCCAAGGUAUGUUAACCUAUAACACUGGGUCAUCCAGGUACAGAGAUUUAACAUUAACAAAUAAGUGUGCCUAAUUAUAACAUAAAUAUGGCUAUAUUUACAAAUGAUGAAACUAAAUUGCAUAUGCAUCUUGUUUACAUGUUGUGUCUUGAUUUAACAAGUUUUCCUUACUGAAGGUUUGUGUUUAAUCUAAUUGAGCUACUAAUAAAAUAUUUAAAUCAAUAGAUCAUUUACAAUAAUGGACUCUUGUGGCAAGUAUUUGUGUAAUAAGUGGGAUAAUGUACAUCCAGCUAUCACUCCUCUGACUCCUGUCAGGUUCUGUUGUGGGCUAUACAUUAUCCUGUACAUAUUCUAACCUUUUUUGAUGUGUUUGUAGAAGCAAAGAAAACCGAGAUUAUUUAUUUAAAUAUAGCAAAGUUACAGCUAUAAUUGUCACACAUUUUGUUUUGAAAGCAAAUAAUGAAACAUCUCAAUAAAGAUAUCAGAGGUCAGUAAGAGAUCUGGAAAAAAUCCGAUAAAUGUUUUAUGGGGGGGUUCAUAUCAUACGCAAAUUAAGAGAUUUGCUCGAGUAAAUUACAUACAAAAUCAAUGCAAAUACAUCAGUAGACGCGAGCUCGCGGCAGGCGAUACGAAUGAUGCGAAUCGGGAGAUGCGAUCGCGACCGUGUAAAUUGAAAUAUUUAUCAGAUCGCGUCACUCACGCGAAAUUAACGGAUUUUUCCUCACGAGUAAUAAAGAGCGUGGAACGCGAUUGUUCGCAUUUGGUGUGAAUCCAGCAUUAGAGCAGUUUAUAUAGAUUCCAAAACAUAAAGAUUUUACGGACAUCUUCUAGAUCAGUUGUUCUCAACCUUUUAAUGGUCGCCCCCCCCCGUAAACUCAUUUAAAGAACUGCCCCCCUCCAUACUGUACAUUGAAGCAUGGGCGUAAAUCUCAUUUAUCAGUAGGGGGGGACGAUACAUAUAAUAUUUCUCAAGAGCAAUUUUUGAAGGGGACACAAAUAAUACAGUUAAAAUUGUACAUGCUACGAAACUAAGCGACAAUAUGCAUUAGGUUUAUCAUGCAGACUUGCAGUCAUAUUAUAACUGAACUGUGAACAAUAAAGCUUUGUUCCAUUUAUAUACAUGUUUUGUCUUUGUUGUGAAGACAGGAACUAACCACGAUACUACAUGCUGACGAGUCACUUUUUAAACACUUUUAAAAUGUUAUCCCGAUUUACUACAACAUUGUUUGACAAAGUAAACGUACAUCGACAUCAUUGAGUGGUUGUUACUUUCAGCUGGCUCCGCUAACAAACUUUGUUCAUGUUCGUGUACCCAAACAAACUUAAAUGCUGUGUUGUACUCGUUGAUGAAUCGCCCGAGUUUCAGUAAACUGAAUGUUUAGUUUAUCCGCCGCGCACAUACUGAACACAAUAGAUCUCGAAGAACGAUCUUCUCUAACUGAAUGAACGCUGAGCACCUUUUGUGGACUUUAGAUAUAGUGUCAACAUCACAAAACUGUAACCGGUGUGUUCGCGGCUGUGUGUGACACGGGACCUGAAUGACAGGAUCGUUGGCUAUUGCGGCCGUUAAUGUUCACAUCAUGACAGGUCGCUUAAAAUAUAACAAUGAAUGAGAAACGGCUUCGCCAGUGUGUGAAGUCCUAUGUAACAAGCUAACGUUAACUAGCUAAGUAACGUUUUAAUCGCUAACAUAGCAGAUUCAUGAAAAGGUACAUCGGUAAUCAGCAUUUUUUUAAACAACUAAUUUAUAAAUGAAUCAGCAUGAACUACAUUGAAGAGAAUCACUUCAUUUAAAGUGAAUAAAAUAUCCUUCUUACUGGAGUUCAACAACCACUGAUGAAUUGAGCUCAUA